UGCGAUUAGCAGACCGAAGAAAAAUAUUACUCGAGGGAAAUGCAUACCAGAAACUGUGGAUCCUGUUUGCUGUCCUUUCCGUCCACUGGCAGUUCCACUCCCCGUCUGGUAUUUUGGCAGGCAAUUUGAACCGCAGACGGGAAGCCUACCGGCGUGCUUGCGGCGUAAACAGGAAGAGACCCGGCCAGCCAGAAACACUUAUAUAUUGCAGUAAAUGUUUCGAUAGCAUUUCAUUGAUAAGUGGUCGACGUAAUCUGACGUCUUGCAGUUUCAGGCCAGUGUAUUUGUGCCCCUGGUCGUACAACAAGGUAGAGUGUGCUGUCCUUCAUUUAAUAUUCAAUGGAGUUAACAACCCUGAUUGUCAAGAUUGUCUUCGUUUGCCUUGUUUUCCACAAAGCCAAGGCAAUCUUCGAAAUCUGUGACUUUGAAACCGACGAUGAUGCACUUUGUGGAUACGUCCAAGACAUUGACGACGAUUUCGAUUGGCAGUUAAGACAGGGAGGCACGCCCACGCCGGGUACUGGGCCGUCCUACGACCACACCCUAGGAGUCAACUCCACUGGUCACUACUUGUACAUCGAAGCCUCUGGUCCGGGCGUCUGGGACGUGGCUCGCCUCCUCAGCCCGACCCACGGGCCUUCCCCAGGCUUCUGUCUCCGCUUCUUCUACCACAUGCACGGCGAACACGCGGGCCGUCUGAGCGUUCGCCUACGGAGCGGAGGCGAGUUGGCCACAGAAGCCCUGUGGACACGAAAGGGAGACCACGGGGACGAGUGGAUGGAGGCCGUGGUUGAGGGCCGUUCGUCGUCCGAUUUCGAGAUAGCCUUUGAAGCCAAGAGGGGUGAAGGCUUCAAAUCAGAUAUCGCUAUUGACGACAUUACCCUGGCGCUUGGAUUUACAUGCGGGGGACCAGUCGUUGCCACGUCAAGCUCCGAGCCAAUAACAGAUAAAGAGACAACUGUAAGCAUAUCAACAGAAACUCCGGAACCGAUCAACGGACAGCAACCAUUGGUCACUAAGCAACCAGAAGUUGUGCUCACCAAUCAGCCCUCAAAGGGUGUGACGUCAACGCCACUGGAACCAAUAGAUAGUCAUCUUAUAAUUGUAGUCUUGGUGGUGGGUUUGUCGUUCUGGGGUGUAGUCUUCACCAUUCUCGCUGUCGUCGUGCUCAAAACUCGCCAAUCGCGGAACCGUAAGAAAGGCAACGUGACAUAUGACGUCAUCAUCAAUGGGGCCAACCAGGAGGAAAUUGUAAUGGCAGAUGAUGAGAAUCAGACUUCAGAGCAAUCGAACGCUUAAAACGCUGACCAAAACUGAGUGUCGAACAUUAAUGUGCAAUUGUUUUGAUAAAAGAAGUUGUUUGUAUGAAAAGUGUGGAUAUAUGCGGGGAUAGGAUUAAGCGAUAUUUAGACUGAAUGUCUAAUUAAUUUAAGGGUGUUUGUGUGGCUUUUGAAUUUUUAAAGAAAUUUUAAAAUGUUGUCUUAUAAAGUAAGGAAAUGUGCUUAAUGUGAGGAAAUAUUUGCCCUUUUUAGUGAUUGUGAAGACUUAUCGCUUAAUGAUUGUUUUUGUACACAGAUUCACCUGAGAUACCCGGCCCGUCGUUAUGAGCCCCCGGGCAUUUAUUUAUUUUUAAUAGAAACUAUACACUGAUUCAGAGUUGCUCGA